GACGGAAUGCACUUGGGUUACUUCGCCGCCGUCCGUCCGUCCGUCUUUCGUUCAACAACUUCGGUUUCACGCGUUUUAAAAGCGAGCGCUUCAAUGAAACCGUCGGCCUUUCGCGUGUCACACGACGGACGUACUUUGCGUAAGUCAGCGCGCGUCGGUUAGUUAGUUUUACGUUGACGUUGAAACGCGCCGUGUGAGGAUGCGCAUCGAUUCUCUUCUUUCGAGCGUUAACGUGGUGCUCGUAAUGGCGUUCGGUAGUCUGGUGUUUGUUCUGCUAUUCAUCUUCGUCAAGAGACAAAUAAUGCGAUUUGCCAUGAAGUCUCGUAGAGGUCCACAUGUCCCUCUCGGCCACAAUGCUCCUAAGGAGCUGAGACAAGAAAUUGAAGCCAAACUGGGCCACGUCCAGAAAGUCCACUUUGAGCCUCGACUGCUGUGGCCAGAGGAUGACUGGCUAAAGCAAAGUGUCCUGUGUGGAACCCAAGACUGCGUGUACAGGGUGAGAGCGCUGGAUGCCAUCAGAGACACUGAUCUCCCUUUCCGUGAACUCGGCGGCACGCCCGCAGCCGUGACCGGUAAGAGACUUCGGACGUGGCUUCUGCAGCUGCGAAACUCCCACUGUAUGUUCCAGGACAGCCUGAGGUCCCUCGUGGACACGGUGCUGGACGGGUACAGCAAAGCGCGUCACGGGGCAGAGGCUUUUGGUGAAGCAGAAUUUUUGAAAUACCACGGCGCUCUGACUGAAUUGGCCUCUGUGGUCAAGUCUCAGAGCGGCGGCAGCACUCCGACCCAGCGGCACCAGUCCGCAGCCAAAGACCUAACCAGCCCCACCGAGCCCGCCAGCCCCUCAUCCUCCCCGACCCAGACCACCUACCACACAUCGUCAAUGCAGCAGCGCAGCAAGCGGCCCAGGAACUUCCUGGAGCUGAAGAACUUCAAAGACAACUACAACACUCUGGACAGUUCGUUCUGAGAAGACGUCCCAACAGGAAGGUCAAAGACGAGGGCAAGCUGUCAGUGAUUAAAGUGCCUGCAGAGGGCGACAGGGGACCAGAUAGUUUAGAGUAAUGUUAAAAACACUGCCUUCGUAUACCCAAACGUAUUUCCUGGUUUACAAUAUAAUGCAUAUCAGACUCAGUGCUCCUGAUCUAAGUGUAGCCCAUGCAUUUAUUCAUCCGAUAUUGAUGCAUGUGCUCUGUAAGUAAGUAGGGUUGAUUUGACCAAAAUGGGGUUAUGCAACGGCAUAAGACAAUCAGUAUUUAUUGCACAAUUUAAAGGCCUAUUUAGACUUGUUACUAUGACCCAACUGGAUUAAAACAUGCUCAUAGUUGAUACUGUUUGUAAAGAUACCUAAUGAUUGUUUGAAAAACACACACUGCUUAUGUCAUUUAUGUUUACAUCUAUGUAUGUCACAACUUGUAUUUCAGCUGUGACAUUUCGUGGCUUGUUUUUGCCUUAAACAUCUGUUUUACAGAAGCCAUACUUAAUUUAAUGAAUUUUGAUGAGCAAGUGCUAUUUUUAUUGUAUAUUAGCUCUGCCAGUGUGAUGCAAUUGAGCAGUAUUCCAGUAAAUGAAUGCAUUCUGAAUGUUGCACCAGGGGAAGUCUCUUUUUAAAAGGUAGGCAUGCCUGCAGAUAUCUGAACUGCGUUUCCUUUGCUAUUCAGGGUUCCCAUGAGGUGAAUAAUUGUAUUUUCUGUAGUUGUUGUUUAAGUUGCUAUCCAAAUAAAAACAAUGACAGACGGAUGAGAUGUUCUUACAUUUCA